CUACUUCUCUGCCACAACAAUCCAGUCUCUCAGAUUACAUUAAUUACUCAUAUACCUUUCUCUGCCUGCAUUGAAAUUUCAAAUCAACCAUGUCUUCUAUUCAUUCCACAUGUUCAACAAUAACUAUGCUUUAUGCAUUGCUAUUGGCCUCUUCCAUGGCAGCUUCUGCCGGCAACUUCUACCAAGAUUUUGACAUAACUUGGGGAGAUGGUCGUGCCAAGAUACUCAACAACGGCGAGCUUCUCACUCUCUCCCUUGACAAAGCCUCUGGCUCCGGAUUCCAGUCCAAGAACGAAUAUCUCUUUGGCAAGAUUGAUAUGCAACUCAAGCUUGUACCCGGAAACUCUGCAGGCACCGUCACUGCCUAUUAUUUGUCAUCAAAAGGGUCAAACUGGGAUGAGAUUGACUUUGAAUUUUUGGGGAAUGUGAGUGGUGAGCCAUACAUCCUUCACACCAAUGUGUUCAGCCAAGGCAAAGGCAACAGAGAGCAACAGUUCUAUCUGUGGUUCGACCCAACUGCAGAUUUCCAUACCUAUUCCAUUCUUUGGAAUCCUCAGCGCAUAAUCUUCUCUGUGGAUGGGACCCCCAUAAGAGAAUUCAAGAACAUGGAAUCAAAGGGAGUUGCAUUCCCAAAGGAACAACCAAUGAGGAUAUACUCUAGCCUAUGGAACGCUGAUGAUUGGGCAACAAGAGGUGGUCUUGUGAAGACUGAUUGGACACAAGCUCCUUUCACGGCAUCAUACAGAAAUUUCAAUGCCAAUGCAUGUGUCCGUUCAUCAUCUUGCCCUUCCUCCAAUGCAUGGUUCUCCCAAGAGUUGGAUUCCACUAGCCAAGAGAGACUGAGUUGGGUGCAGAAGAAUUACAUGAUUUACAACUAUUGCACUGACACCAACAGAUUCCCUCAAGGCCUUCCUCCAGAGUGCCAACCAUCAUGAAUUCCUACCACCACUCACAACAUAAUCAUAUAGCUUCCAGAUCACUUUCUUCCUAGGCCCAUUCAAUUGCUUUUCACUUGUAUUUUAUUCUUUUAUUCUUUCAUGCUUUCUCGAUUCUAUUACAACAAACACAUACAAGCAUUAAUAAUACUCUCUUCAAUCCUUUACAAAAUACUAA